AUGUGGACUGCCACUCUCAUCGGUACCUUGACCUUGGGUCUUUCUGCCGUCGCGCUGCCGACUGCGGACAAUCCUAUUGAUCUUCAUCGCCGUCAGGACAUCAACUUCACGCUUGCCGACGCUGUCGCCGACGCAAGUGUCAUCAGUGACGGUUCCAGCAAUGCUGCAGGCAUCGCCGCCGUCGUAGCAGAUAUCAAUGCGAACCCUUUGCCUCAGAAUGUCGACAAGCGCGAUGCCAGCGGUUACAGCGCCAGUACAAACCUCAACAACGUCGCCAUCAAUGCACCUCUCAACUGCAACGGCGCCGAUACCUACAUGGGCUCCAAGAUGUGGAACGACCCUGCCAAUCCCUUUCUUGAGAAUCGUUGUGCUGCUGCCUGCACCGCUCAGAGUGCCUAUAACCUGGCACAUCCUCCUUCGAAUGGAAGCCCGAAGCUUUGUCAAUUCUACAACACCUAUCUCCUCCUCAAGAACGGUGUUUCCCAGGGACAGUACUGCUCCUUGUACACCCAAGCAUGGGAUAGUAGUAAGGCCACCAACAACGGUCAAUGGCGGGGAACCGACCACUACACGAUCUCGAACAGUGUCGUUGCCUCGAAUGCAACAAACACAGGUGAUGUCAGCUGUCCUCAGGAUGUGCCGUAUCUCAGCGCCAACGGUCAGGCUUUCUGCACAGCAUACCUGAGCUACGUCCCGCCUGUUGUGACCAUUACUGCUAUGAGCACUCCUGCUACAUCCGUAGUCACAUCUGUUGACACAGAUUACACCACCGAGACGAGCUAUAGCACAACAACUACCUUGGAAGUCUCUCUGUCGACCACAGUCUCGACCAUCUUCCAGAAGCGCGACUUGGCUACUCCUGCCUCUGCUAUCUCUUGGUCGCCCUCUCGUUUGUCCAAGGCUUGCGCAGCAGUCGCCACCGGCUCUACAACGACCACUACUGUCCAGAUUGCACCCACUCCCUUAUCUACAUACCUCACGACUGUGUCUUUGACGACAACCUCGUUGAUACAAUCUACAACGACCAUCUCGAGUGUGUCGACCGUAGUCGAUACAUUCAGCCCCACCGCUACCUCGCUCGGUGCCAACCUUGUCGUAAACGGUGACUUUGAGACCAAGUUUGCGGGAGAAUGGCAGGGACCGGUCAAUCGUUGCAACAACGGCGGCUACAGGAUUGGCAACCAAGCUUAUGCGGCCUUUGAUGGUACAGCCUAUGGCGAAUUCUACUACUACGCAUCCAACGUAUGCCCCGCCACUCUGAUCCAGACCAUUUCAGGUCUCUCGUCUUCCAACCGCUAUACACUUUCCUACUACCUCUGGCCCCGCACAGCCAACCCGGGCUCUGUGUGCUCAUUCAGCGUCACACUGGGCGGCAUCCUCAUCGAUAGCUUUACACCCACCACGUAUAUCAACAGGCCUCAGACGUACGUCAAGCACAAAGUUUCGGGUAUCGUGCCCAGCAGCAGUGCGGGUGCGCAAGAAUUGGCCAUUUCGCUUUGGUGUUCUGAUGGCGAUGCCGUGUAUGUCGAUUUUGACGAUAUUUCGCUGCAGCAGGAGGGUUACUCUUGA